UAUGGAGUAGUUCAUACUUCGUUUUGUUCAUCUCCUCGAUCCACUCUGCGUCUCGUCCUUCGAUCUCCCAUCUCGUCGAUUUCCUUCCACGACAUCAUCCAACCGACACCGUUAUGAAGCACAGUACCUUUCACUUCCUCUUCUCCCACUUCCCCAUACUAUUUUCCCUCCCGUUUCUCUCGCUUUCCCAGCUCCCCGGCCGUUGGGAGCUACUGCUCGAGAAUGCCGGCAUCGCAUCGAUGCACACCGCCGUCACCCGCUUCGGCACCGUCGUCCUCCUCGACCGCACCGACAUCGGUCCUUCUCAACUCCACCUCCCCGCCGGUCACUGCCGCCACGACCCCAAAGACCGCUCUCUCCCCCGCCUAGACUGCACCGCUCACUCCGCUCUGUUCAACCCAUCCACCCUCUCCCUCCUCCCCCUCUCAAUCCUCUCCGAUACCUGGUGCUCCUCCGGCCAAUUUCUUCCUGACGGCACUCUCCUCCAAACCGGUGGCGACUUCGACGGCCUCCGCCGCAUCCGUACCUUCUCCCCUUGCGCUCCUAACCUCCCCUGCGACUGGCGUGAACUCAAAUCCCCUCUCCUCACCGUCGGUCGCUGGUACGCUACCGACCAAAUCCUCCCAGACGGUUCCGUAGUAAUCGUCGGCGGCCGCGCGUCUCCUUCCGUCGAAUUCUACCCUCCGUCACGGCAAUUACGCCUCUUUCCUUUCCUCGCCGCCGCUGAAGAUUCCCAAAUGGAUAAUCUUUAUCCUUUCGUCCAUCUCCUACCUGAUGGCCACCUCUUCGUCUUCGCCAACUCCCGUGCCGUCCUCUACGACGUGUACGCCGGCACCGUUCUUCGCGAAUAUCCGCCAAUCCCCGGCGGACCUCGAAGCUACCCUUCGGCCGGUUCCUCCGCGAUGCUCGCCCUUGAACCCACCGGCGGUGGCUACUUGCACGCUGAAAUAGUGGUCUGCGGUGGCGCUCAGUUCGGAGCUUUCCUCCAUAGGGAUACCGACGCACAGGCUGAUACCUCCUGCGGCCGAAUCACCGCAAGCGACCCAGAAUCGAUUUGGGUCAUGGAAGAAAUGCCGUAUCCACGGAUCAUGGGGGAUAUGGUGAUGCUUCCCACCGGUGAUGUGCUUAUUAUCAACGGCGCGAUGGCCGGUUCGCAGGGGUUCGAGAUGGCUACCCAACCCUGCUUCUACCCGCUUCUUUACCGGCCAGAUCAACCAAUCGGACUCCGAUUCAUGACGCUGACCCCAACCACGAUUCCCCGAAUGUACCACUCCACCGCCAACCUUUUACCGGACGGUAGAGUGCUGAUCGCUGGUAGUAACCCGCAUUACUUCUACCGGUUCAAUGUCGAGUUUUCGACAGAAUUGAGGCUUGAAGCUUUUUCGCCGGAGUAUUUGUCGCCGGACAGGAGAAAUCUCCGGCCGGAAAUUUUGGUGUCGCCGGAGAAGGUGGGGUAUGGAGAAACGUUCAAUGUGGAAGUGUCGGUGGAGUUGCCAUUGGUAGGGAUUGUAGAGGUGAAUUUGGCGAGUGCGCCAUUCUCGACGCACUCAUUCUCGCAAGGGCAGAGAUUGGUGAAACUAGUAGUGUCGGCUGCGGUGGAGUUGAGCGGUGAUGAAGCAAGACAUUUUUAUCAAAUUGGGUGCACGGCGCCACCGGAUGGGAGGGUAGCGCCGCCGGGUUAUUACAUGGCUUUCGCCGUUAAUCAAGGGGUGGCCAGUGAGGCCAAAUGGGUACAGUUGUUGCUGUAGGAAGGACGGUGAAGAUAAUAAAAUAUGCUCGAUGUGUAAUUGGUGGUGGAUGCAAUAAUUUAGAAGUUUUGGUUUGUUAUGAGUUGUCUAAGAUGAUGCAUUCCGGUAUUAUGCAAUUAUGAG